CCAGUUCCCCCACUCCCCCCCCAUCGCUCGGAAGUGAGGUCACUGGGCGCGAGACGGCGACGGAAGCUCCGCGAGGAGGCGGCCACGAACGAAGAACGGCGGUUGUGCCCCACAAAAAGAGACCGAGUUCGAUUCUCGCUCACGACCAACCAACACCACGACCAACAGUGACAACCAUCCAAAUCGGCUCCUGUGAUCCCUCCCCUAGGUUGACUCGGCCUUAAAUUAGUAACUGGCGUAGCGGCGGUGUAUAGGAGUAGUAGUAGACAUCGCCACGCAGGGGAAGUAGGGAUACAAAGGUGGGCGUGUGGUGCUGGUCACACACCCACACCACUCUUCGUGUGCUACAGUAUCGGCCGUUAUAGAUGCUGCUUCUACUACCAACUAACUAACCAACAAUGCACUUGCCCGGACAGCCCUGCUAGAGACUACACGGGGGAGUUUUGUCAGCCUUCGGUCUUCUCUACCAAGGAGCUAUAAACCAUCAUCACAACAACUCUGAUCAUCCUCGCAGCAGCAGCAGCUUUUGGCGGUCACCUCAUCGCACGUUGCUUUCAGAUGCACUUCUGCGGCCAUCUGGAACGCUCUUCCGAUAUUAGGAAGCCACUGGAGCUACGCAACUUUACAUCAUCUAGAUUGACAAACUCAUUUCUUUAGAACUGCUUUUUGUGUUUAGUUGUCCAUCCCUCCACAGCAGCCCCACAAAAAGAAGUUCAACAUACAACACAAAAUACACACAAAAUAUAGAUACACACACAUCACACACCACAGCACAAAGCACACACCACAACACACACAGCACAGAAGAUAACCAAAAAUCCCACCAUGGAGCAGAACCGCUCUCCUCCCGCACAACCACCUGCCGGCAAGAGGCAACGCUGCCUCUGGUGCCAGCGGAUCACCGCUCGUCUCCCAGUCUCCGGAGAGACGCCGCUCCCCCCAUGCCCGCUUUGCGGAGAAAGGUUCCCUCAGUCUAGAUCUCGGAAUGGCCACAGCCAGAAAUACGCCAAAUGCUCGUUUGAGUGCGCCGAAUGCGGGAAGUCUUUCGUGCACCCGAGUAGCCUCCGGAGACAUGGCAAGAAGCACGCAGAGGGGGGGGAGAGGCGCUACUUCGAGUGCUCGCUGUGCGCCAAGCGGUUCGAUGAGUUGUCACAUCUUGAAGAACAUCGCGAGACUCAUGCAGAGGGGGAACAGAAGAGGCGUUUCUUCGAGUGUGCGUUGUGCGGGAAAGAGUUCGCGAGGUCCUCCGAUUUUGACGAACAUCAGAAGACUCACAGAGGAUCAUCGCACCUUGAAGAACAUCACAAGACUUGCACAGAAUCUUUGCAUCUUGAAGAACAGAGGACUCACUCGGAGGGACAGAGACGUUUAUUCAAUUGCUCUGUGUGUGGGAAGGAGUUUGCGGAGUCUUCAUAUCUUGAAAAACACCGCAAGACUCACUCAGGAGAGACAUCCUUUAAGUGCGCUGUAUGUGGGAUGGCAUUUGCAGAGUCAUCGCAUCUUGAAGAACAUCAGAAGACUCAUGCAGAGGGGGCAGAGAUAUGUUUCUUCAAUUGCUCUUUGUGUGGGAAACAGUUUGCAGAGUCAUCACAUCUUGACGAACAUCUCAAGACUCACACAGGAUUGUCGCAUCUUGAAAAACAUCAGAAGAUUAAAAAGGAAAUGAUGUUCUUCAAGUGCAUGGUAUGCGAGAUGGUCUUUACAGAGUUGUCGCAUCUUGAAGACCAUCGCAAGACUCACACUGGAUCGUCGGAUCUUUACGAACUUCAGAAGACUCACACGGGGGAGGAGAGGCGCUUCUUCAAGUGCUUGGUGUGUGGAAAACAGUUUGCGGAGUCUUCACAUCUUGAAGAACACCGCAAGACUCACAAUGGAGAGACAUCCUUCAAGUGCGCUGUAUGUGGAAAAGCGUUUUCAGAGUCAUCGCAUCUUGAAGAACAUCAGAAGACUCAUACAGAGGGGGCAGAGAGAUGUUUCUUCAAUUGCUCUGUGUGUGGGAAACAGUUUGCAGAGUCAUCACAUCUUGAAGAACAUCUCAAGACUCACACAGGAUUGUCACAUCUUGAAAAACAUCAGACGAUUAAAAAGGAAAUGAUGUUCUUCAAGUGCAUGGUGUGCGGGAUAGUCUUUACAGAGUUGUCGCAUCUUGAAGACCAUCGCAAGACUCACACCGGAUCGUCGGAUCUUUACGAACUUCAGAGGACUCACACGGGGGAGGAGAGGCGCUUCUUCAAGUGCUUGGUGUGUGGAAAACAGUUUGCGGAGUCUUCACAUCUUGAAGAACACCGCAAGACUCACAAUGGAGAGACAUCCUUCGUGUACGUCGUGUUUGGCAAGGCGUUCGCAGAGACGUCACAUCUUCAAGAACAGAAGACUCACACGGGGCGAGGGAGUAGGCAUUUAUUCAAAUGUUCCGUUUGUGGGAUGGCAUUUGCAGAGUCGUCGCAUCUUGCCGACCAUUGGAAGACUCACAUGGGCACGGGGCAGAUGCCAUUCAUGUACGUAUUGUGCGGAAAGACGUUAGCAGAGUCUUCCAAGCUUGAAGACCACCGGAAGACUAACACGGGGGAGGAGAAGCUGUUUAAGUGCAAGGUGUGUGGGAAAGAGUUCACGGAGUCUUCGCAGCUUCAAGAACAUCAGAAGAUCCACACGGCGGGGGAGAGUUGUUUCUUUAAGUGUUCCCUGUGUGGGAUCGCAUUUUCAGAGUCGUUGCAGCUUCAAGAACAUCACAAGACUCACAUGGGGCAGAGACUCUUCAAGUGCGCGGUGUGCGGGAUGGCGUUUCCAGAUUCAUCGCAUCUUGAAGACCAUCGGAAGACUCACAUGCAAGUGGAGCGGCAUUUCUUCAAGUGCUCCGUGUGUGGGAAACAGUUUGUAGAGUCAUCACACCUUCAAGAACAUCAUAAGAUUCACGCGGGGGAGGAGAUGCUAUUCAAGUGCUUCAUGUGCAGGAAAGACUUUGCAGAUUCAAUGCUCCUUCAAGAACAUUUCAAAACCCACGCCAGAGACACAUUCUUCAAGUGCUCUGUGUGCGGGAUGGCGUUUUUAGAGUCGGUGCAUCUUGAAGAGCAUAGCAAGGCUCACACUGGAGAGAUGCUGUUCAAGUGUUUUGUGUGUGGGAAACAGUUUGUAGAGUUAUCACAUCUUCAAGAACAUUGCAAGACUCACACUCGGAAGAGACUCCUCAAGUGCGCAGUCUGCCGGAAGCAGUUUGCAGAGUCGUCGCACCUUGAUGAGCACCGCAAGACCCACGUGGGGGAGACGCCCUUCAAGUGCUCACUGUGCCCCAAGGCAUUCCCUCUGCCCGGAGCCCUGAAGCGCCACCUCAAACUCCACUCCACGGGCACGAAACGCUUCAAGUGCGCCAUUUGCGCCGAUGAGAAGGCCACAUUCGCGACAUUCCCCGAACUCACCGAGCACCGGAAGACCCAACAUGCCGGGCAGCGCCCCUUCUGCUGCGCCACGUGCGGCAAAGCUUUCUCCCUGCCCAGAGCUCUUAACCGACACCACAAGACGCAUGCCGGCAAGCGUCCGUUCCCCUGCCCCACUUGCGGAAAGGCCUUCCGUGAAUCUGCCGACCUCCGGAAGCACCAGGACGCUGCCCAUGGUGCUGAGAGGUCAUUCGUGUGCCCCAUCUGUGGCAAGGGGUACCCCCGGUCGGCAACGCUCAUCAGGCACCGGAGGAUCCACACGGCAGAGAAACGCUUCAAGUGCCCCACGUGCGACAAAUUGUUCCUGGAAUCCGGCAGCCUCCAGAGGCACCAGAAAACGCAUGCCCAGGGGUUCGAGUGCGCGGUCUGCGGGAAGUCAUUCGCUCAGCCUGAAAAGCUGGAGCAGCAUGGCAAGACACAUGCCAGCGGGAGGAGGAGGUUCAAGUGCGCAGUCUGUGGGAAGUCUUUCUCGCGGCUGGGAAACUUGAGGCGUCACGAAAAUAAACACAUGGACGGGGAGUUGCGAGGGACUACCGGGUAUCAACAGGAGACUCGAGCGGGGAGGAAGACUCGCACAGAGAUGGAGUUACAAGGAUCUACUAGACAGCAGGAGGAGACCCACACAAAGAUGGAGUUGCACACAGAGAUGGAGUUGCAAGGAACUACUGGGUAUCAGGAGACCCGAGUGAAGAGGGAGUUGCUAGGAACUACCAGACAGCAUCAGGAGACACACACAGAGAGGGUGUUGCGUGGAACUACCAGACAGCAGAAGAAGACCCAUACAGAGAGGGAGUUGCGAGGAACUACCAGGCAGCAGAAGAAGACUCGCACAGAGAUGGAGUUGCGAGGAACUACCAGGCAGCAGAAGAAGAAUUGCGCAAAGAGGGAGUUACAAGGGAAUCCCAGGUCUGAGAAGACCCGAGUGAAGAGAGAGUUGCAAGGAGCUACCGAGCAUCAGAAGACACACACAAAGAGGAAGUUGCGAGGACCUAUCAAGUAUCACGAGACACACUCGAAGAGGGAGUUGUGUGGAACUACCAAACAGCAGACGAUAACCCACACAGAGAGGGAGUCGCGAGCAACUUACGAAUAUCAGGAGACCCGAGUGAAGAGGGAGUUAUGUGGAACUACCAGGCAGCAGAAGAAAUCACACACAGAGAGGGAGUUGCGAGGAGCUACUGAGUAUCAGGAGACCCAAACAGAGAGGGAGCUACAAGGAACUACCAGGUAUCAGGAGACCCGAGUGAAGCAGGAGCUGCGAUGGGCUACCAGACAGCAGAAUACUCAAGCAAAGAGCGAGUUGCACACAGAGAGGGAGUUCCAUGGAACUACCAGGCAGCAGAAGAAAACUCACACAGAGAGGGUGUUGCGUGGAACUACUAUACAGCAGAAGAAGAUUCACACAGAGAUAGAGUUGCAAGGAACUACCAGGUAUGAGAAGACCCAAGAAGAUAUGCAGUUGCGAGGGAGAUGUCAAGGUGGAGUGUCAGAGGUUGCUCCCAACCCCGACAGGCGUGGCGAAAGCAACAAUGCUCGAGAGGAGAGGGAGACCUCUGGACAAGGACGAGGAGCGGGGGGUGACUCUGACUGCUUGGUGGAGGUUUCUCAGUUACACGUUUGGGUGGACUCCGUGGGAGACUCCAUGUGGGAGGGCCUCGUGUGUUUGGACCUCGAGUGAGACAGGGAGGGGUGCGGUGUUUGUUUUGUUUUGUUUCUCUUAACGUUUUAAAUAAACAAACUAUUUUGUAUGUUACUAGGGGUAACGUGUAAGGCCCACUGAGCUUUGUAGUUCUUUUUUUCAGAAGCUACCUGGCUAUCACACGUAAUGAUAUAAUUGUAAUGUGGGAAUUUAUAGCAGCAGCCAAAUAUUCU